UAUACGAUUUGACAGACUUCUCAACGUAAGCAGUGCGAUGGUGACAUCUGAGCCGCGUACAGGCCAAGUUUGACGGUUUUUCAACUCGGGUUUAAACUCCUCAAUGAACAUGACAUAAAAAAACGUAAAUACUUUUACAUAUGUGUUCAUACAUAUAUAGAUAAGUAUGUAAAGAUAAAUGUCCUCCGGAAAUCGUGAAUUAGAGAAUUAGUGUGCAAAAUUAAUCACUAAAUUGGACUUAAUUUUUCGAAAUGGUCAUUUUGACUGAUUUCGUAAAAGUUGAAGGUGCGUGAAGACAACGCGAAAUGAGCUUUGACUCGUUUUAUCGUCACUGAGGCGGGAAGGCACUUAAAAAAAGUGAUUGCAUCCAAAAAGUCGGUUAUAGUGGGAAAACUGUUGAUUCGAAAAGAUUUUUUAUGUUAUACGUGAAAAUAAAUUGUUCUCUUUUUGUUUAAAUGAAAAUUAUUUGACAGUGUGAAACGGAAUGAAAAAAAAUUGUUGGAAAUGCGAGAAAGGGUGAAGAGCGUUGAAAAAUUAUGAACAUUUGUCGUCGCCACGAAAGCGAGCAAUUCGUUGUUUUGAGAUAGAAGAAGAAAAAGUUAUAUUGCGAAACUAGUUUGUUACAUUAUUCGAAAAAUAAAACCGGAAAACCGUCGAGCGCUCCGAAGCUCUUGGAAGCGUGCAAAAAGGGUCAAGUCCCCGUUCGGCAAACUUGAAAAACUUUUUGUUGCGAAAAAGGGUUGAAACGACUAGAAAAAGGAAGAAGAUGAGUGUUGGGUGUGAGUGUUUCACGAGCGACAACAAAACAAAGUAUAAAAGCUCGUGAACGAAGAGGCGAAGAGUGUAAAAAACAUCGGAGAGAAUUAUUUCCCACGCUCGCCGAAAAGCCAUCUGCCGGACUUUUGACACCGCAAACAUUUUUUUCGCAUCUAUUUUUUUCCACAUUUGUGUCAAGAUUUUAAUCGAGAAGAAAAAAGCCGAAAUCAUCAAAAAAUUCGAAAUCUCAAGCGACACCGCAAAAUUCGAGAUGAGUCGGAGCGAAUCGUCAUUCAGCAUGGAAAGCACUCCCAUGUGGCUCGCGCACCACAUGGACUCGACGAAUUACAGCGAAGUUAUUCAUGGCGAAAUUUCACGGUUCCCGAAGCCUCUGCGAACCUUUGCAGCUGUGGCUGCAAUUAUCAUAAUGAUAACCGGACUCGUUGGAAAUUUGUUAACGAUCGUUGCACUCUGUCGAUAUCCAAAAGUGCGAAACGUCGCUGCCGCUUUUAUUGUGAGCCUUUGCGUGGCGGAUUUCAUUUUCUGUUUGCUCGUCCUGCCAUUCGAUUCAACGAGAUUCAUCGAUGCUGGCUGGGCGGAAGUUAGAUUCUUAUGUGCACUUGUGCCGUUUCUUCGAUACGGAAAUGUCGGAGUUAGUCUUCUCUCUGUUGGUGCCAUUACCGUCAACAGAUACAUAAUGAUAACUCAUCACGGUCUUUACAAUAAAGUGUACAAAAAGCACUGGAUCGCGCUGAUGAUCCUAUUCUGUUGGGUAUUCUCUUACGGGAUGCAAUUACCAACGCUAAUUGGUGUCUGGGGCAAAUUCGACUACGACCCCAACUUGGAGACCUGCUCAAUCGUUAAGGAUGCAAACGGACGCAGCUCGAAGACCUUUCUCUUCGUAAUCGCGUUCAUCAUUCCGUGCAUAGUAAUAGUCGCCUGUUACGCCAAAAUAUUUUGGGUCGUUCAUAGCUCGGAGUCAAGGAUGCGGAAACACGCGAAUCCGACAAUCAAAUCACCGCACACACCGGGACGUGACACACGGGAGAUGAAGCAACGUCGGAGCGAGUGGAGAAUCACAAAAAUGGUACUCGCGAUAUUCCUCAGUUUCGUUGCCUGCUACCUUCCGAUCACGAUCGUCAAAGUUACCGAUCACGAGGUCAAAUAUCCGGAGGCUCACGUCAUGGGGUAUUUGUUGCUGUACUUCGCCUCGUGCGUUAAUCCAAUAAUCUACGUCAUCAUGAAUAAGCAGUACAGACAGGCCUACGCAGGGGUCAUUAGUUGCUCGAGGAUUCGGGCCAGUCUCACGCCCCGUGGCAGCAGUGCUCCUGGUGGACAAAACAACUACGGCCAAGAUUAUUCCAAAGAAUACAGCAAGACGAUGGUAUCAACGGUCUCGAUCGCGAUGAACGCUGUGAAAAAUUCUCAACUAGAGGACGAACUGUGAAAGCACGAACCAAAAGAGGAAGAAGGAGCCCGGAAACAUAUCUAGUUUUUAUUAGGUCGAGAGUCACAAGUCUGCUGGACCAGUUAAAUAAUUGUUAUUCUUUGUAAGGGACCAAGACGCAAGCUAAUCUGUAAGACUCGGUUGUAGGUUACUCUGGCGAUGACAAUAUUACUAUUUUUAUUAGUAAUUCCAUGGCUCGGUGCGGACGACGAAUAAACGUUCAUUUCCAACUAGGUUAAGUUAUUUAUUCAACUGGUUCGAAGUAUGUUAUCCGAGGAAAGACUUGGAUACGGAAAGUACGAGGCGUGUAAAUAUUUUGAUGAAUACACUGCAACUUUGAUUUAUCGAAUCUUGAAUAGUGCAACAUUCCUCACUGUACGAUUCGCAUCAAUCGAAAAAUUGGGUUCGUUGAACAGAAUCCGUUCCGUUGAAGGAAAUUUUGGUGAAUUUAAAAAUAUUUUAUUUUUAUUACCAAAUGAUGCGGUUUAUUUGACUAAAUUAUGAAAAUUCCUUGUGGCUGCAACAACCAGGUGACCGAAGUCCAAUCAUUGUUCGAUCAAGUCGUAUCUUCUGUUGGCUCACACACAGUUUUCAUUUGCUUCAAUGACUAUUGCUUUGAAUAUUUGUUUAACUGUGAUGAGAAUAAUAAACGAAUGAAUUCAUUUCGAUAUUUUGUUCUGCAUUGGCACGAGUUUGUCUAGGCGUACCAAGGCAAUGUCAGUUCGACCAAAAAGUUGUCUCAGUAUGCAGAAAUUAUUUCGUUUUUGUCUCAAUAUUCUGUUACCCUGACCACAACUGAAUUCUUUGCUCGACAGAAACGUUUUUCUCUGGUCACUUGGGUCGACAGAAUUUUCUUUUUAGUCAAGAUACCGAACGACAAAGUAUGGACAAAGUUGUAAAUUUACAAGUGCGAUGAAGAGUCAGUCCCACCGCUGCUCGAACAAUUGAGGCUGCAGUGUACGAGUGACUUUAUUUCUAUUUAGAAUAUCUUCAUAAUAGAUAAUAGUAUGGAUACAUAGGUAUACAUCAAACGAAGUAUUCGUGUAUGUACAAAUUUGAUAAAUCUAAUGUGUGAGUGCGCAAAUAAAAAUAUACAAAGCGAA